UAGCUCAACCCAUGUCCCAAAUAAUGUCCUCACUUUGAUAUAUUCAACACCAAGGUCAACAAAGGCUGCCAUGCGUGCGUUUUGGUCUAUACACUGAUACACUCUCCUAGCUAGUCCUCCUCCCAUCUCAUAUAUAUCCUGCUCUUCUAGCUAGCUCAUCAGUACGUCUUCGAUCACCACCACAACCAAAUAAUCAUGUUAAAGCUGUUCAAAACCAAGAAGUGUGCCAACUGCCGCCAGACCUUAGGUCCCAAAUGCCCCCACUUCUGUGCUCCCAAUCCCCGGCCAAACCGCUCGCCCAAGAAGGCGGUGAUCGUGGGCAUCUCAUACCAUAACAACCCAAAGCACGAGAUCAACGGCGGCAGUGUCUAUGCCGGGUUGAUGCGUCUUCUUCUCAUCAACCACUUCAAUUUUCCCGAUGACGACUCUUCUAUCAAGAUGCUCACCGAAAGAGAAGGCAAUAUACUUCCAACCAAGCAAAACAUUAUUUGGGCAAUGGAUUGGUUUGUAGAAGGAUGUCAGCCACAAGACUCCCUGGUUUUUUAUUAUUUUGGUCAUGGUUCACAGCAAAGGAAUAUCAAAGGAGAAGAGAAGGACGGAUAUGAUGAAACUUUAUGGCCCCUUGAUUUUGAAAACGGUGUGAUUGUAGAUGAUGAAAUCAAUGAAACCCUAGUCAAACCACUACCCGACGGUGUUCGCCUCCAUGCAUUUGUUGAUGCCUCCCAUAGUGGCACUGUCCUAGAUUUGCCAUUUUUUUGCAGAAGGAGCAGGCUCUUUAGAAAGUAUAAAUGGGAGGACCAUCGCCCUAAGACAGGUGCAAGGAAAGGUUCAAGUGGUGGACAAGUUAUUUGCUUUAGUGGAUGUGAUGAUGGUGAAGCUUAUGACAAUAAUUCAUCAUCGAAGAUGAGAUGCGUUGGGGCCAUGACGAUUUGCUUCAUCAACGCCAUAGAGAAGGGCCAUGGGAAAACAUAUGGUAGCAUUCUCAGGUCAAUGCGCAAGGCCAUCAGAAACGAUGACAGUGAUGCCGGUCUUACAGUUGAACAAAUAGCAGAAAUUACUAUCCUGAUAGUCAGUACAGUUGAACUAACAACACAAAUUACUACCCUGAUAGUAGGAAUUAAUGAUUGUGGGAUUCUUGGUGCAAUUCUAGGCUCCACAUCCAGAGCUGUUAUCGAAGUUGGCAUGGAAAUGUUACGUGGAAUUCGGAGACAGAAACCGCGGUUAACAGCUUCGGACAGAUUCGACGUGGACAAGAAACCUUUCUUCCUUUGAUUGAAAUGAUGAUGGUGGGUUGUUUGUGAAAAUUUAUUAUGAAAUCAACGUACGUCGUGGUAAAAGGCAUCAUCUCAAAUGGGCUUCAGUUAUUGACUAGUGUCUUUUUAUUAUUUCUAUUUCUAUGUUUUGGUUACAAAGAGAAAAACUAUUUCUAUAUAUGUUUAGUUGUGUUGUUCUAUUUUAGACAAUUUUAAAUAAUAGGAUGAUGUGGCUUGUAUGUCUCUUAUCAAUUCUAGAGUUUACCUUUCUUUAA